GAUACCGAAGAAGAAGAACAGGUAACCAACCGUGAAUCUCAUACGGUCUCCACGGAAACUUAACUUCUCGUCUGUGCAAUGUACCAACAUGGAAAUGUGUUCUCUAACACAUUUAGCCAGAAAACCAAGAGAAAUCACCGACAUCGACAAGAAGAAGUUUGAAACGGUUUAUGAGCUGUGUGACACGGACAAGAAAGGCUACCUGAACAGAGAAGACUUAAAAAUGGCGGUGGUCAUGCUGUUUGGAUAUAAACCAUCAAAGUCUGAAACCAACAUGUUAAUGGCUCAAGCCCAGGCAAAAGAUUCACCAGGGGUGUGUAUAGAGAUGUUUGCGUGUCUCAUGGGGAGGAAGUUGUCAUCAGAUGACCACUACCAGAAAACCAGGCAGAUCUUCAACACCUUUGAUGUGAACUGUCGUGGUUUCCUGAAGCUGGAGGACUUUAAAGCAGCCUUCAGUAGAGUGGCUCCUCGUCUGCCUGAGAGGACUGUCCUGGAGGCCUUCAGAUGUGUAUAGAAGAGAUCAUGCUGAGAUAUCUGCCAGGCAACAACUUCUCCCAGAAUGCUCACUAACGAACACCCCUUUUUUUUUGUGUGUGUGAAACUCAGCCCUGAAAUUAUUUUAAUUACUACUUGUGUUUAUCUUUUAUCUCUCUCUGUUUUUAACUUUUUAUAAAAGGCCUCCAGAACUCACACAAACAAACAACAAAUACGAGAAACGACAAAUAAGGGAGAGAAAAAACCGAGCCCAGUGUGCAGCCUCGUUUCAGAUGAUGACUAUCAUAAAGCGUCUCAGAUUGGGUGUGCUGAUCUAGGAUCAGUUUAGCCUUUUAGAUCAUGAUGAAUAAGAUUACGAUGGACAGGGGGAACCUGUCCAAGCACUCUUACUCUGAUAGGCUUUAUGAGCACACUCCCAUUGUAAUUAACUAGCCCUCUAUGGUUUUAAAACACCGCGGAAGAACACAGAUGUUGUAAUCAGAAAUGUUAUUUGUUGUCAUUGCAUUUCCUCUGAAGUCUUUUUUCCUGUGGAGUGGCUCUGGUGCGUGUGUGUGCGUGCGCGCGCAGUAGACAAGCAGAUAACCUAAGGCAGGGUGUUCCUCCUCUCAUUGGAUAGAGGCCUCUAGGGGUCAAUCCUUAUCUAAGCCCCCGGAGCUGCUGCUACUACAUACACACACAGUCUUGUAUAACUAACUUUGUGGGGACACACAAUUCAGUCCCAUUCAAAAUCCUA